AAUCAUUGCUACAAUUACAGCUACAACAGCAGAAGACCACAUCAAGUUGUACUUCUGUCAUCCAAGAACAUUAAUCAAAGGCUUUCAUGGGCACAUCUCACUGAAUCUUGACAGUUAAAGACUGGAAGAAGAAAAGAUGCUUCUGCAUAAUCCAGAUCUUGCCUGUGGGUGGCAAUGUAUCCAAACUUCCACAACCCGUUUGCAGAUGAUGAUAAAGAGCAUGCCAUACCAACAGCAAGAGGCUUUAACUUUGAUGAUUGUGAUGAAGAAAAAAGCACAAUGAGCCCAGGAGAUCGACGCCAAAGGCAGCUGGAACAAGAGGUCAUGCGCACAGCUCAGUCUGCAAUGGACAGCAGCAGUCGCUCCCUCAGCCUCAUCUAUAAUUCUGAGAAAAUUGGGACAGAGGCAGCAGAGGAGUUGAUUCGUCAGGGUGAGGCCUUGAAGAGGGCAGAGCGAAUGGUUGAUAAUAUGGCACAGGAAAUGAAGACUAGUCAAAAGCACAUAAACUCUAUUAAAAGUGUAUGGGGAGGUGUAGUUAACUACUUCAAAGGAAAUUCUACGCCAAGGCCACCACAGAAGGAACAGCCACCAGUCUAUGAGGCCAGCAACAGAAUACAGAAUGUACUGGCAGAGAGCAAGGAGCAUGUAGGCAAAUAUGAGGCCAGCCAUCCCAACCUCAGGAAACUGGACACAUCUGGCCAAGUAUGGUUUGGAGCUUCAUUUGAUAAUGAAUCAUCGCAAAAUGGAUACUCGAAGAAUACACACUUGAAAGCUGUUCAUCAGCAUCUGGACAAUAACUUAGAUGAGAUGUCUGAAGGUCUGAGUAGACUGAAGAAUUUGGGCCUGGGGUUGCAAGCAGAGAUUGAUGAUCAAGAUGUCUCACUGGAUUCUUUGUUAAACAAAGUGGACUCUAUGGAAGGCAAGAUAAGCUCUACCAACCGCCAACUCAAAAAUCUGAAAUGAGCCUAGAUACUGAAAAUAAUUCCAGUGUCAUUUCAGUAGUAGUGCAUUCUUGUACAUUAUUUGAUUGAUAGCCAAUUUAACAGUUUUACAAAUUUAACUAGUGAGUCUAAGCAUAGUCUAUCCCCACAAUAUUGCAGUGGUACCAGGAUCACAGGGUGCUUGAUUUACUGUAUCUUCUUUUGUCUUAUAAGCAUUGGUAUAUGCAGAACAGGAAUAUAAUUCCUCUGUACAUAUACAGCUAAAGAGCUUUUUAUGUAUUCAUCUUUUUUUUUGUAGCUUUUAGCCAGAUCUAACAUCUGAUCUAAUCUGUAGUUAUUUUGUGAAAGGCUGUUCACAAAAGCAAUUAUAUGGUCUAUAAAAAUUAAAAAUAAAACUUGUCAAGGACUUGUUGCAGUAAAUGAAGAACACCUAUUUUAUAGCAUAAUGAUAAUCAUUCUUUCCAUCAUUGCAGUGCAUUGUGAGGUUUAAU